AUGGAUAGUAUCCACCAAUAUUGGUAUGAGCUGGCCGAACCACGCCUCAUGGAGAUAUACCUGAUCGCUUGGUCUUUCCCUCAAGCCACCAGCCAGCAGUUCCUCGAUACGAACUUGCGAUCCGAAAGCAAUGCAUUGCUUGCUUUGCAGCCGACUCUCAGGACUGCUCUCAAUUCUCUCGCACCUGUUGAACGUCUGCCUCCCGAAAUGUUGAGCUAUUGUUUUCUAUUGCUCAGGACCGAAGAAGUGGAGAGAUUGAGACACGCGGACAACUACCGCUCUGACUCGACUGGCAUACAGUGGCUGAUGGCUAUCACCCAUGUCUGCCGAAGGUGGCGGACUGUGGCGCUGGAUGCUAAGCCUCUUUGGCGGCAGCUAGACGUGCGUAGUGGUUCUCAAUGGUUCCAAGCUAUGUUGUCGCGGGCUGGGUCUCUCCCGCUCGUUAUUAUUUGCCACGGUCUUGACAUUGGGGCUUGUGUGGCUUGGAUUCAGGACGACGUCAUCCCCAACAUGGACCGUGUAGAAGAGAUCCGUCUAUCUUGCAUGGUUUGGGAUCCAUUUGUGUUGGACUACAGUGACUACCUUGUGGAGUUAUGCGCUCAUGCGGCCCCAAUGCUAAAAUCAUUUCACUUCGCGCUGUUCCAGGGACAAGGUGACGAGGCCGGACUGUUUCAAGGCGUGUACAUGGACUUACCAGAGCCCUUGUUUGGAGGAGCUGCUCCUCUGUUAUCCAAAAUCACACUCUCGGGCCUCUCAGUAUUUCAUCCUCCUUCCUGUUCGUCCUUCCACAAUUUGACGUCGCUAUUCUUAUCUGCUGCCGUUGAAAUAGACUUUGGGGGCGUAAUCCCUCGCGAUGAAGCUCCAUGGUUCUUAUACUUCGACCAGGCCCUAAUCAACUUUGAUGGCCUUCUCGACGCGCUGGAACAGUCGCCCUCUCUCCAGUACUUGACAGUCAUUUCGUGCCUUAGCAACACGGGGUCCGACGUUGACCACGACGGAAACGUGACGCGUGUUGUGCGACUACCUCACAUGAGGAACAUAAUACUUUGGGAGAACGCUUCUGAAUGUGUACGCUUGAUGCGACAUAUCUAUCUCCCUCCGACCUCUCUCCGAUCUAUCUCCGCCAGGGUAGAAUGGUACAUUCUAGACGAUGAGGCCUUACUGAAGGACCUCGUGAGGACGCUGAUGCUCCAUGAUGGUAUGCAAGGCCGCAUGCGAGCCGUUUCCAUCGAACUUCAGCGUGAGGAUAAGUCGGAAGAGACACGUGUUCAUCUGAAACACUGGCUCCGACCUGCUCUCAAUCGACCAGGCGACUUCGACGACUGGGAGGUCCACCUCCCGAAAACCGUCCCCGAUAUAAGAAUCACACUCGCAGGACCUGAAGACAUGGAAGAUGAGUUCCAUGUCAUCAUAGACGCGUUAACCCGAGGGACAGAUUUUAGCGCAGUGGAGACAUUUUCCGUUUAUUACGAUGCCGGGUCUCGGUGCCUUGAAGAACCGUCUAAGAUCUCCGUAGACUGGUGGUUGGAUAACCUCACUCAAAUGCGACGGCUGAGCCGCAUUGCCCUGUCCGAGAGGCUGGGAAAUAUCUUCAUCGAGGUUCUCUCCCGGAGUGGAAUGUCCGGUGAAGACAUGUAUCACCCUCACCUUAGCCAUGUCGCACUAUCCCAGGUCGACUUUGACGAAUGUCUCUUUGGCGAGCAGACGGCAUACGACACCUUAUACUCUGCACUCGCCUCCAGGUCGUCGGCAGGGCGACCCUUACAGUGGCUAUUGCUCGAGGAUUGCACGAUCCCGAAGCGCUGGGUACAGGAACUGUCGGAGGUAGUCGACGACGUGUUGUGGGACGAUAACCGGGGCAGUCAUGACAACGAGGAUGAAGGUAACACUAGUGACAGCGACCAGUGGCAAGGGAGUCUUGAGGAUGAGGACGAAGGUGACAGCAGUGACAUCGAUGGUGGGGACGAUGACCGAGGCCGUCCUCAGGACGGGGACGAAGGCGACAUCAACGACAAAAAUAAUGAGGACGAGAAUGAGGAUGAUGGCCGUGACGUUCACUGUUAG